AUGGAGAACUUCUCACUUCUCAGCAUCUCUGGCCCUCGAAUCUCUUCCUCUGCCCUGAGCACUUUUCCUAACAUUACGUCGUCACGUGCCACCAGCUUGCCAGACAUAAUAAAGACAGCGGCACCCACAGAGGCAUCCAGCCCAGCUCAGACCCUACCCACCCAGUACUCAAGCAGCUCUUUCCGGCACGGGGUGCAUAACACAGUGCUCUCACCAGAUUGCAGCUUGGGGGACACCCAGAACGGGGAGCAGCUAAGGCGGAACUGCACCAUCUACCGACCCUGGUUCUCCCCUUACAGUUACUUCGUAUGCACUGACAGAGAGAGCCACCUGGAGGCCUACAGCUUCCCAGAGGUGCAGCAGGACGAAGGCAGGGGGGACAACUGCCUUCCCGAGGACGUGGCUGAGAGCACCUGCUCGUCCUCUUCCUCCCUGGAGAACACAUGUCCUCGAGAUACCACCAGGAAAGCCAGGCCUGGAGUGGACUCCCUGGACUACAUCACGUCCCAGGACAUCCUGACGGCCUGCAAGUGGCACCCGGCCCAGCAGAACGGCUACAAGUGUGCGGCCUGCUGCCGCAUGUACCCAACCCUGCACUCCCUCAAGAGCCACAUCAAGGUGGGUUUCAAGGAGGGCUUCAGCUGCAGGGUGUACUACCGCAAGCUCAAGACCCUCUUGGGCAAGGAGCAGAAGGCCCGGCCAGGGGACAGGCUUUCCUCCGGCAGCUGCCAGGCCUUCAGAUAG